AUGGCCGUGCAGGACUGCAACAAGAGGAAAUGGACGAUCCUGACAGUCCCCCUGGCCAAACCUCUAUUCUUCCUUGGGACUGAGCAAGAGGCUGUGGAGCAUGAGGAGCUGUGGCGAGUGAGUGACAGAGCAGAGCUGUCCGGGCCCUGGGCGGUCAGCUGCAGAGCAGCCUGGGUGGCUGCGCCGCUGUCACCAGCACAGGUGGCAGGGCUCUGCUGUGAUGCCAAAGCCCUGCUAGGUGCAGCAGGAAGAGCCUCUGGAGCAGCUGCCCGGGCAGGUGCCGUGCGCUGGGUGCCGCGGAGAUGGCAGCGCUUCCUCGCUGGCGUUGGCUUCCUCCUGGCGUGUGCCAACGCCUUCAGCGGUCUGCUGGACAAGCCCCGGCUGAUGGCAGAGCUGUCAGCAAGGCACAUCCGCCGCGGGCUCGGCGCAGCCUGUCCUGCGCUGAGCGAGAGCUCUCCUCUGCUGCCUCCAGCGCCUCAGGACAUGCAGCCUGCCGAGAGCUGGCUCGGCAAGGACUCAGGGCCGGGAGCAGAGGACCCAGGAGCUCCUCCUGCUUCUGAGGAAGAGGAGGGGGACAAGGAUGAGAGGAGAGAGGACUCUGAGCCUCGACCUCUGAGGCUGUGCCAGCCUGAGCUUGCAAAGUCAAACUCGCCACCAGGGUCAGGACACCUGCACCAUGGCCUCGUCCCUGCUGAAGGGCAUGAGAACGAAGCAGGUGGCUAUGAGGAGAAGGAGGAUGGUGGAGAGGAGGAUGAAACUCAGGUCUAUGGGUACCAAUUUGAAAGAGUUGAGCAAGCUCAGGCUGAGGCUGGGGAGAACUGGGAGGAUGACUGUGAGCCUCUUCCUGUCGUGGUGCCAUUGUCUGGACGUGCCAGAGCACACACACCAGGAUCAGGACACCUGCACGAUAGGUUGCUGCCUGCUGAAGGGGGUGAGGAUGAAGCAGGUGGCUAUGAAGAGGAUGAAUAUGGCAGAGAGGAGGCUGAUAAUGAGGAAUGUGAAGAUCAGUUUGAGAGAGUCUCCCCCUGGGCAUCCUACAGAGAGAAGGAUGGGCAGCAGCAGACAGAGGAGGUCCCCCUGGACAAGCUCAGGAGCAUUGUGAGCACAGGGCCUCCUGAGGACAAAUACGCAGAAGCUGAGAAGCUUGGCCAAGGGAGCUACGGAGCCGUCCAUCGUGCUGUUGAGCUGGCCACAGGACGAGAGGUGGCCAUCAAGCACAUUCAUGUUGGCUCGGAGGAUGAGGAGUAUGUGACCAAUGAGAUCCUGGUUCUGCAGGACCACAGCAGCCCAAACAUCGUCAGCUACCUGGACAGCUAUCUGGUGGGUGCUGAGCUCUGGCUGGUCAUGGAAUAUGUGGCCGGAGGCUCCCUGGCUGACGUGGUUAAGGCCACGUGUAUGGAAGAAGGGCAGACAGGAGCUGUCUACAGGGAGUGCCUGCAAGCCCUGAAUUGCCUUCAUUCCAGCAGGAUCAUCCACAGGGAUGUCAAAGGCUGCAACAUCCUGCUUGGAAUGGAUGUCUCUGUCAAGCUGGCUGACUUUGGCGUGUGUGCUCUGCUCACUGCUAGGCAGAACAAGAGGACCUCCUAAGCCGGAACUCCCCACUGGAUGGCUCCUGAAAUCCUGAGGGAAGAGCCCUACGGCCCCAAGGUGGACAUCUGGUCCCUUGGCAUCACAGCGGUGGAGCUGGCAGAAGGAGAACCUCCCUACGCCUGGGAAAACGACAGCAGGGUGUGUGACCUGAUUGCUGCCAAUGGCACACCAGAGCUGCAGAACCCUGCUAAGCUCUCCGCUGCCCUUCUUGACUUCCUUCAUUGCUGCCUGGAGGUGGAGGUGGAGAGGCGAUGGUCUGCCCAGGACCUUCUGCAGCACCCAUUCGUAGCAUUGGCAGGGCCUGUCUGCAGCCUGGUCCCGCUGAUCACCGCAGUAAAGGCAGCCAGGAAGGGAGUCCACUAGUGCCUGAGUCCAGGUCCUGCUGGCACAGCUUGGAGCAGGACCGAGGAGAACUCAGCAUGGCCUCAGCUCUGGUGCUGCAGCCCAGGAGGACAACUCGCGGAGCCUGCUCACUGUCCUGCUGCUGCAG